AUGGCAGCAGCAGAUCUAAUGGUCAUGAUCUUUAAUGUCAUAGUAUAUUUGAUUAUUAAUUAUCAUUUUCCAUAUUCCUUUCUGUCCUACACUGCCGUCUGUAAGUUUCUUCUGUACUUAGCAUUCGUCAACCUAGAUAUGUCAGUGUGGUUCACUGUCUCAUUUACCUUUGACCGAUUUAUGGCAAUCUGCUGUCAGAAGUUUAAAGAGAAAUAUUGCACCAAGAGAACAGCGACCGCGGCUAUAGUAACGCUCUGCUUCCUGGCCUGUUUAAAGGGAGUCCCGAUUCUGUUUUCAUAUGAACCUGAACGAAUAAUUCUCAAGGUGCAGUGGGGCUGCCGGACGACGGCUGCUGUUUAUGCAUUACCAGCAUGGUCAGUUUACAGCUGGAUCCAAACUCUAUCUGUCCCAUUGCUUCCCUUCGCAUUGAUGGUACUGUUUAAUUCCUUAACUGUCAGGCGUAUUUUAAUGGCUAACAGAGCCCGGAGGGGACUUCGGGGUGUCGUCAAUGAGAAUCAGAGUGAUCCAGAGAUUAAGAGCCGAAGAAAAUCCAUCAUAUUACUCUUCACUAUAUCAGGCAGUUUCAUAUUUUUGUGGUUAACAGCUGUUGUGAGUUUUGCAGUCACCAGGCUGUCAAGCACUGUUUAUUAUCAAGGUGAUUACUCAAACCCUGAAUUUAUUGCCACGGAAACCGGAUAUUUGCUGGUAUACAUGAGUUCCUGCACAAACACGUGCAUGUAUGCAGCUACCCAGGUGAAAUUUCGAGAAGAACUGAAGAAUGCCCUGAAAUCGCCCUGGGUACUUAUUCAUAAAAUAGUGACAAAUAAAGAAAACUUGAAGUAA